CCUGGGCCGGCCGAAAGGGGCGUCGCCGCCGCCGCCAUCGCCAUGGCCGGUUGUUGUCAGUCCCUGGCAGCGGGUUAUGGCGACGGCGGUGAAUGAAUUCUCCGGGCGGCCGAGGGAAGAAGAAAGGCUCAGCCGGCUCCAAUUCCCCGCCUCCGGCCGCCGGCACCUCUCCCUCCUCGCCGCCCGGGCCGGCGCCCCCCGUGCCGCCGGCGGGGGCGGCCGCGGCGGCGUCCCCGCACAAGCGGAACCUGUACUACUUCUCGUACCCGCUCUUCGCCGCCUUCGCCCUGCUCCGCUUCGUCGCCUUCCAGCUCGGGCUGCUCUUCGCCUGGCUUUGCGAGCGCCUCUCCCGCGGCGCCCUCAUGGCCGCCAAGGGGAGCAGGGCCGGGGCCGGCGAUGCGCCCGAGCCCGGCGGGGCGCCCGAGACGGUGCGGGCGUGCCACAAGCGGGCCUUCGAGUACAUCUCCAUGGCGCUGCGCAUCGACGAGGACGAGACAGCAGGACAAAAGGAACAAGCUGUGGAAUGGUAUAAGAAAGGAAUUGAAGAACUGGAAAAAGGAAUAGCUGUCUUAGUAAUUGGUCAAGGUGAUCAGUGUGAACGGGCUCGACGUCUCCAAUCUAAAAUGAUGACAAAUUUGGCAAUGGCCAAGGAUCGGUUGCAGCUUUUAGAGAAGCUGCAGGCAGUUUUGCAAAUUUCCAAGGCGCAAAUGGAGGUCUAUAAUGACAGUACUAACCUGGCAUGCCGCAAUGGACAUCUCCAGUCAGAAAGUGGAGCAGUUCCAAAAAAGAAGGAUCCCUUAACACACACGAGUAAUUCCCUUCCUCGUUCAAAGACUGUUGCAAAAACUGGAUCCACAGGCCUUUCAGGUCACCACAGAACACCCAGCUACAGCGGGGUAUCAUCAUCUUCUGUGUCUAGACCAGCACCUAAUUCUACACCUUCAACUCACAAGGCUGCUCCUAAAAAUAGCAGAACAAAUAAGCCUUCUACUCCUACCACUGCUCCUCGAAGAAAGAAAGACACAAAGAUAUUUAGAAACGUGGACAGUAAUCUUGCUAAUCUUAUCCUAAAUGAAGUUGUUGAUAGUGGGCCAGCUGUCAAAUUUGAUGAUAUCGCAGGGCAGGAACUGGCUAAACAAGCUUUGCAAGAAAUUGUUAUCCUUCCUUCUCUUAGACCUGAGUUAUUUACAGGUCUAAGAGCUCCUGCACGUGGUUUAUUGCUGUUCGGCCCACCAGGAAAUGGGAAGACAAUGUUGGCCAAAGCAGUUGCAGCAGAAUCAAAUGCUACUUUCUUUAACAUCAGCGCAGCGAGCCUGACUUCAAAAUAUGUGGGUGAAGGAGAAAAACUGGUGCGUGCCCUAUUUGCAGUAGCCAGAGAACUUCAGCCUUCUAUAAUUUUUAUUGAUGAAGUUGAUAGUCUUUUGUGUGAAAGACGAGAAGGUGAACAUGAUGCUAGCAGGCGUCUGAAAACAGAAUUUUUAAUAGAAUUUGAUGGUGUGCAGUCUUCUGGAGAGGACAGAAUACUUGUGAUGGGAGCAACAAACAGGCCUCAGGAGCUUGAUGAUGCUGUUCUCAGACGAUUCACCAAACGGGUAUAUGUGUCUUUACCAAAUGAGGAGACAAGAUUGAUUUUGCUAAAAAAUCUUCUAAGCAAGCAAGGAAGUCCAUUAACCCAAAAAGAGUUGGUUCAACUAGCUAGAAUGACAGAUGGAUACUCUGGAAGUGACCUAACAGCAUUAGCAAAGGAUGCAGCGCUAGGCCCUAUUCGAGAAUUAAAGCCAGAACAGGUGAAGAAUAUGUCUGCYAGUGAGAUGAGAAAUAUCAAACUCUCAGAUUUCACAGAAUCUUUGAAGAAGAUAAAGCGCAGUUUGAGCCCUCAGACCCUGGAAGCGUACAUUCGCUGGAACAAGGACUUUGGAGAUACCACAGUGUGAAAAACUGCUUGAAGUGAAACAGUGCUGCCUGGGGAGCAGUUGGUGCAGACAACUGGGAAGCAGCCAGAGUUUACAGGACUUUACAGAUAUUUCAGUAUCUGCAUUAAAACUUGAGAUUAAGAGAAAAUUAUACAAUGUGAAAUGUAUUCAUCACAGCCUCCUUGCCAUUUAGUGAGGAUUUASACACUGUAAGUAAGAGCACAACAGGACUUGACCUAAGAUUCCUAGCAAUCCGAUUCUGGUUUGAACAUUAAUAUAUGUAUAUUGUUUCAGCUACAAGGYUCUGAUGAUAUUGAUCAUUGGAAGACCUUUUCCCUACGUCGUGUGUGUGGUUUUUUGUUUUUAAUUUUGCCAUAACAUUGAUGAACAAUGAACUUGGAUCAAUGUUGUUCAGUUGGAGGUUUGUAAACUUUAGUUCAUUUUUUUGACUUUUUUAUCCUUAAUGUGCCAAAUAAAACAAUUUCCCUGUGCAGAGUGGAAGAGCACCAUUGGGGAAUUCCAGUUAUUAAAAUGUAAAAAGCAGCUGGUCUGUUAUUAUUUGUCUUUUUGUUUCGUUGUAAUGUGACUGAAUUGUUCACAGAACAGGUAUAAAGAAGACCUUUGAUAGCAGAACAGCAAAAUACCCCAACAUUAUAAGAUCAAUUCAAACUGCCUUUUAAAAGAAAAAUUACUAAAUAAAAGAAUAGACUGAGAUGUUCAUUUACUGGCAGUAUUUUUUCUUAAUGCAUUUUGUAACACUCCAUUGGUAGAAUGUUAGCUUAUGCUUACCRUAUACAACUUGAGCCCAGCUGAUGUUUGAGAGAGUAAGUGAUACUAAUUGUUGAGUUUCGGAAAUGAUGUGUUUCUACUCUGUGUUUUGGUCUGUUUAUAACUGAAAGUAAAAUUUCCAUUGUGAUAAUCUUUUUAAUCUCCACAUGUAAGCAUUAUAAUACGAGGCUACAUGUCUAAUACAUGGCAUACAUUAAUGUUUUUAUAGCUUUCAUAUGUUUUGGUUUAUAUAUUAAAGUAUGAAACACUCAA